CGCGGUGUUUUCAUUGGUUCUUGAGUUUAUGUUGACAAAGAAGUUAAUGGCGACCGUCCGAACGUGGACUGCGGCCAAGGGAUGUUUUGCCCGUUUUGUGGCAAACAAAUGAACACCUUAACGCGGUUUUGCCAUACGUGUGGUCGGUGUUUGGAAUUUUUAAAAGACGCGGACCAGACGGAAACAUUGGCAACACAGGGGACGUCUCGACAGCCGGACACUGCUAUGCAAACAGAACAACCAUGCACAUCAUUCAAACAGUUCAUGGAGUACAGAAGCUUGAAGUCAAAAGAACGACAGUCUUUUAACUUUGGGCCAAAAGGAAGACUUAUGUCUAAAGAAAGAAAACACGUCCAGAUAAACGUAGGAUUGAUGGUGCCAAAUGGAACUGAUUUAAAACCUCUAAGAGGGAAAACACUACCGUUAAUUACAGACCCAGAGGUAGAAGCACCUGAUCUCCUGAAACAAGCUGUCCAGAAAAUGAGAACAUUUAACAAGGACAUGCAGGAAGGACCAUAUGUCCUUUUGUAUCCAGACUGCUCAGAGGUGGUCCAUGUGCCUGGGUCAGAAAGGCCAUUCAAAUUGGCAGAAUAUAAAAAGGAAAUAGGAAAGGCAUUUUCCAGGAUCACUUUUUUCAUUUGCCUAGAAAAACACUAUAAAAGAGUGGAUGAUACCUCAGACUCUGAUUCUGAAAUUGUCAUCACAACAAGGAGCAGAGCUGAAUUCAAUCGUGCUGAAACUUUGAUUUUUGAACCACAAAAUCUAAGCACUCCCAAACACAAGCUGGAAGAUGAAAGAGAUGCACCAGGACAAUCAACAAUUCAGCCAGGACAGAUUGUAAUAUCUGAUGCUGAGGAUCUGGAUCCACCUGAAACAAAUCCAGAAAAAACAUCUUGCUACAGGGAGGAGACGGACAUUGCUUUACCUGACAUCGUAGCAAACCUGUCGCUCCCUAUUGAUCAAAAAAUCAGCAGGUUUAACAUUUCAAGGGCUAAUGUUUGGGACGGGGCAGUCAGAGGUUUCAAGCGUACAACAUACUCUGAAACCUGUGACAUGCUGGUGAAAUUUACUGACGAUACUGGUGUUCUGGAAGAGGGAAUUGACACUGGUGGGCCAAGACGAGAGUUUUUAACUCUACUAAUGAAACACCUAAAAGACCGGCCCAUUUUUGAUGGACCAGAAGGACAUCGGUUCUUGGUCUACAAUGCAAACGCUGUUAGGGAGGAUGAAUACUACUUGGCAGGAAAGAUGAUUGCUGUGUCAGUUGGGCAUGGAGGUCCAGGACCCCAUUUCCUGUCGGAAGAUCUGGUACAUUAUCUUGCAGGGCAGCCUUCAUUCAAAGCAACAAAUAAUUUAAUAACUGAUGAAGAAAUACGUAAAGCUUUGCAAGAGAUUGAGAAUGCUGCUUCAUUGGAUGCUCUGCAAGAAUGUAUGAUGAGACGCAGCACAAUGUUACAGACAGCAGGUUGUCUGAGACAUGUGGCUACUGUGGAAGAAAGGAAAGAAAUCGUGUCAGACUACCUCCAGUGGUAUAUUAUUGGCCGCAACUCAUCUGUAAUUGACAGAUUCAGAGAUGGUCUUUUAACCCUGGAGUUUUUGACUGCACUACAGCAACACCCUACUUUGCUGGCCCCUGUCCUGUGCCACUCUGAAAGGCGACUCACUGCUUUUGAACUUGAGAGACUCUUCAAACCUGACCUCAGUCCUUCGGGGAGUAAUCGAAGACUUAAAGAAAGUCAAACCAUGGCCUACUGGGCAGACUAUCUCCUUGACUGUGAAGAAGGCCAGGCUGCUGUGUCUGUGGAAGAUGUUUUGAUGUUUGCUACUGGGCUGUCUUCACUUCCCCCAUCUGGCUUGGAACCACUGCCAAAAAUAGAGUUCCUGGAUGACUCUGCAUUCCCAAUGGCAAAUACAUGUUCAAACUCCUUGAGAUUACCACUCCUAGACUCAUACUUUGUUUAAGUCACAAAUGGACUUUGGAAUACCAAAUAGUCCAGGAUUCGGCUGUUUGUAAGCUAGAGUACAGGCCAAAAGUUUGGACGCACCUUUUCUGUACUGUAUAUGAUCGAUGACCUCUCGAGUUAAGACUCUGAAAAAGUUGUUGUUGUUAAAGGUUAGGGUUGGACAUCAUUUAGAUUUUAACGAUUCUGAUUCCAAUUCCGAUUCUUCCAUUUGAUUCAGGUUUGUAUUGAUUCUCGAUUAUGAUUCUUUGAGUGGUGGAGUUAAAUUAUUAUUAUUUCACAAAUAAGAGUAAAGUUUUAUUUUUAUUCAAAAGGUGGGUUGCAGUUUGAUGAGGCUUUUUCAACGUAAAAUAAAGCCACACUAGAGCACAGCUUACUGCAACACAAGCACCUGGUCCCUACGGAAACCAAAAUUUGAGCAUGUCAAAUUUGAAACCCAUGAUCAGAUUCGAAACCAAAUCCUCCAAAUGUUUCAUAAUUUCUCCAAGUAGGAAUCUGUUCUCGAUGCCCAACCCUGGGCAUCCAAGUCUUCUCAGGGUUGGGCAUCGAGAACCGAUUCCUACUUGGAAUCGUUACAAAAAUUAUGAUUCCAUCGGAAUUGUGUCUCUAUUGGAAACAUUUGGAGGAUUUGGUUUCAAAUCUAAACAUGGGUUUCAAAUUUGACAUGCUCAAGUUUUGGUUUCCGUAGGGACCAGGUGCUUUCUUAAAGGUGCACUUUAAAGUGCAGUUGCCAAUGUUUUUUUAUGUUACAGUAUGUGAGCAUGUUCUCUUCUCACGGUUAACAUUUCGAAAGUGAUCCAUGACUCAAAAUGGGAUCCCUUUGUGAAUCACUGUUUUGAUAAAGAAACAAGGACUUAAACAAGUUUUGUUUUCUAAACUACAAAAGUGUAAUAAAUACUGAUUACUAUUUUUGUUUAAUUUACUUCAGACCUACUUCAACAAUUAAGCUUUGGGUGACAGAUUCAUAAAUAUUGUGUUCAGACAGCAGUGUUCCACCACUACAAAACCCCCUCCCUUUUUGAUAAUUUCAUAGCUACAUACAAAUUUUUAUUGCUCAUUAUUUUACUCGUUCCUGAGAAGAAAAUUGAAUGACCAAAAGAUGCAAUGACCCUUUAUGAAGACAACUCACCUUCCCUUUCUAAAUAUAGACCACUAGGACUCAAUACGCUGGUUAUUUAUAGAUGAGCCGUACAUGUGGCUGGACGCUCCAGAGUAGUAGUCACUGUGAUGGUGGCGUAGGGUACAUUGAAUUGCAGCCAUUAUGCCGUUCUCAGUGCCACAAUCAGUCCGCAGUCUCAUGGGGAUGACACCGAGGUUUUGCACACAUGACAUGAAAUAGUGAGCAAUCACUGUUGGGUUAUUAUUUGUUGGUCCACAUUCAAGCCACAAUCCUUUACGUGAAAAUCCAUCUAUGCAUCCCGAAAUGGCCAAACCGAAUGGCUUAAGUUUGUCAUAACCAUCUGCAUGCCACAUAUAGUUUGGUCCCAUUGAGUGGUAGGUUCUUCUUGUAAACCUUCUGCGUGCUCUGCUCUCACACCCUCGAGGAUUAAGCUCCCGGAGCAAAUUCAUCGCAUCAUCUCUCUUCACUCGAAGAUUGUACUUUUGUUUAAGUACCUGCCACAUCGUGCGGUAACCAAAUAGUUGUCCAGGUCCACGGAGUUCAGAUCUGAUGGCGUUACUGACGGCGUUUGGCGAGGAAUAACCCUUUCUGCGGUACAACCCGGCUUCGUUCAGUUUACUUUUAAGAGUCCUCAAGCUGACGUUUACACCGUGUAGACUUGACAUCAUGUCCACGGUUACAGCGUACGAGUGGCCCUCGUUAAAAUACUGAACGCAAUGAUGCAGUAUGUCCGGUGUUUCGGUCUGGUCCGCGUCCCAAAUUCCAAACACCGACCACACGUAUGGCAAAACCGCGUUAAGGUGUUCAUUUGUUUGCCACAAAACGGGCAAACCAUCCCUUGGCCGCAGUCCACGUUCGGACGGUCGCCAUUAACUUCUUUGUCAACGUAAACUCAAGAACCAAUGAA